UCCGCAGCGAAACGCACAGGAGGCCACCGAAAGAGGCCACCAUGAGCUGUCUGGGGAUCUUCAUCCCCAAGAAGCACCGGGCGCGGUUCGACGAGGUGGUGUCGCAGGGUCUGCUGGGCAAGCUGUGCCGCGCGCGGAGGGCGCAGGGCGCGCAGCGUUUGCGCCGCAGCCGCAGCGAGGAGCGCCCGGAGCGCCUCCUAGUGUCCACGCGCGCCAGCGCCGCGCCGCGCCGCCCGGAUGAGCCACCCCCGCGGAAGGCGGCCUCGCUGCUGGGCGGCCGCACCGGCCCGGGGGGCCCUCGCAGGACUGUUCGUGUCUACAAAGGCAACAAGAGUUUCGGCUUCACUCUGCGAGGCCAUGGACCGGUCUGGAUUGAAUCUGUCCUGCCUGGCAGCCCAGCUGAAAACGCCUCCCUCAAGUCAGGUGACCGGAUUCUCUUCCUCAAUGGACUGGACAUGAGGAACUGCUCCCACGACAAGGUGGUGUCCAUGUUGCAGGGAAGCGGCGCAAUGCCCACGCUGGUGGUAGAGGAAGGACCGGUCCCUUUCGCCAGCGAUUCAGAUUCCUUGGAUUCCCCGACCCGCUCGUCGGCUCUCACCUCGCUGCAAUGGGUGGCGGACAUCCUGCCUUCCAGUAUCCGAGUCCAGGGGAGGACCUUCAGCCAGCAGCUGGACCACCUCCUCACUCCUCAGGAGCGCUACGGGGUCUGCCGCGCUCUCGAGCGCUUCUUCCAGCACAGGAACAUCGACACCCUCAUUGUUGACGUCUAUCCUGUUCUGGACACACCUGCCAAGCAGGUGCUCUGGCAGUUCCUGUACCAGCUGUUGACCUACGAGGAGCAGGAGCUCUGUCAGGAGAAGAUCGCGCGCUUCCUGGGCUACACCGCCAUGACAGAACCUGAAUCCUCACUGGACCUGGAGCCGGAGUCCACACCAGAGCCCACACCGGAGCCACAACCACGGAGUUCCCUUAGGGCCUCUUCCAUGUGCCGUCACAGCCUGCGCUCCCAGGGCCUGGAAGCCAGCCUCAGCUGUGGUCCCGCUGACUGCCCUGAGAUGCCCCUACCUCUGAUCCCAGGAGAGCGUCAGGCUGGUGAUGGCACAUCCCUCCCGGAGACCCCCAACCCCAAAAUGAUGUCGGCUGUCUAUGCGGAGCUUGAGUCUCGACUGAACAGCAGCUUCAAAGGGAAGAUGGGGACGGUGUCCAAAUCCCGAGCCUCUCCACCAGUCCCCAGCCUGGUAGGCACAGCAGGGCCCAGGACGCUGUCUGGAGUCUCCUGGCCCAGUGAGCAGCUCCUGCCAUCCCCCUGCUACGAUCCUCUGUGCUCUGGAGGCCUGGCCUCCCCCAGCAGCUCCGAGUCCCACCCCUACGCCAGCUUGGACAGCAGCAGGGCGCCUUCCCCACAGCCAGGCCUUGGAUCCAUCCACCCCGACAGCCCCCCAAGCCCAGACCCCAUCCGGCCGCCCAGUCGCAGGAAGCUCUUCGCCUUUUCCCGGCCUGUGAGGAGCCGGGACACAGAUCGCUUCCUGGACGUGCUGAGCGAGCAGCUGGGCCCGCGGGUCACCAUCGUGGACGACUUCCUGACACCCGAGAAUGACUAUGAGGAGAUGAGCUUCCACGACGACCAGGGCAGCUUUGUGACCAACGAGAGAAGCAGCGCUAGCGAGUGUGUCAGCAGCAGCGAGGAGGGCAGCUCUCUGACCUACUCCUCCAUCUCCGACCACAUCCCCCCGCCCCCGCUCAGUCCCCCGCCGCCGCCGCCCCUGCCUUUCCACGACCCCAAACCCAGCUCCCGCACCUCCGAUGGCCCCCGAGGUCCCCCUCCGUCGCUGACCAAACCCCUCACCCAGAUUAACCAGCCAGUCCCGCCCCCGCCCCCACCGCCCCUGCCCCCACCUGUGCCCUGUGCGCCCCCCAUGCUGUCCCGGGGCGUGGGCCACCGCCGCAGCGAGACCAGCCACAUGAGCGUCAAGCGACUGCGCUGGGAGCAGGUGGAGAACUCAGAAGGCACCAUCUGGGGUCAGCUUGGGGAGGACUCUGACUAUGAUAAGCUGAGCGACAUGGUGAAAUACCUGGACCUGGAGCUCCACUUUGGCACCCAGAAACCAUCAAAGCCAGUGCCAGGCCCGGAGCCCUUCAGGAAGAAGGAAGUGGUGGAGAUCUUGUCCCACAAGAAGGCCUACAAUACCUCCAUCCUCCUAGCGCACCUGAAGCUGACCCCUGGCGAGCUGCGACAGGUGCUCAUGAGCAUGGAGCCCCGGCGCCUGGAGCCCGCGCAUCUGGCGCAGCUGCUGCUCUUCGCUCCGGACGCCGACGAGGAGCAGCGCUACCAGGCUUUCCGCGAGGCUCCGGGCCGCCUCAGUGAGCCGGACCAGUUCGUCCUGCAGAUGCUGUCGGUUCCCGAAUACAAGACCCGCCUACGCAGUCUACACUUCCAGGCCACCCUACAGGAAAAGACCGAGGAGAUACGAGGCAGCCUAGAGUGCCUGCGACAGGCGUCCCUGGAGCUCAAAAACAGCCGGAAGCUCGCCAAGAUCCUGGAGUUUGUGUUGGCCAUGGGUAACUAUCUCAACGAUGGACAGCCUAAGACCAACAAGACUACCGGCUUCAAGAUCAACUUCCUGACAGAGCUAAACUCCACCAAGACCGUGGAUGGGAAGUCCACCUUUCUGCACAUCCUUGCCAAAUCACUGAGCCAGCACUUCCCUGAGCUCCUGGGCUUUGCUCAGGAUCUGCCCACCGUGCCCCUGGCCGCCAAAGUGAACCAACGAGCCCUGAGCGGUGACCUGGCCGACCUCCAUGGCACUGUUAGUGAGAUCCAGGUGGCCUGUCAGAGCAUGUCCCCCUCCAGUGAGGACAGGUUUGCUGUGGUCAUGGCUUCCUUUCUGGAAACAGCGCAGCCAGCUCUGCGAGCCUUGGACGGGCUGCAGCGGGAGGCCAUGGAGGAGCUAGGGAAAGCACUGGCCUUCUUCGGAGAGGACUCCAAGGCCACUACCUCAGAGGCCUUCUUUGGCAUCUUUUCAGAAUUCAUGAGCAAAUUUGAGAGAGCGCUCAGCGACCUGCAGGCAGGGGAUGGCCCGCGCAGCUCUGGGAUGGUUUCACCCCUGGCCUGGUGAUACCUGCCACCGAUCGCCUUCUGCAGUCCAAGCACGGAGACCAGCCCUGGAAGCUGCACCUCAGAGGGAUGUCACAGGGUCCAGGGUACUUGCUUGAUCUUGCGUCUUGGCUGCAGGAAGGGCUUGGGUGUGGUGGGGGCCGCAGCCAUGUGACUCAGCUACCUCAGCUGCUGAGCUCCACCUGGCCCUCUUCUGCCCAUCCGCCUUGGUCUCCCAGACACCCCCCUGGCUUCCUCUGGCCACUCCCCACCUCGAUGCCCACAAUGGUGAAUAAAAUGCUGCUGUGUGUCAGGGGACGCUCCACCUGAGGGUGGCUUGCAAAGAGGCUGCUGGCUUGGAGCCAGUGUCUGUGGCUCGGUGGGAGCAUGCUUCCAGGGAUGAACAGAGUUAUUUCUUCAGUUUGCUAGAGUGGGCUCUAGACCAGAGAUGGACGCUCUGGGGUGAAUCCGCUAAGCCAGCACCAGAGAGCCUUCAAGAUCAAGGCCGGCCGCUGGAGGAAGAAGGGCAGGCAAGAUGAAGAUGGUGAAACAGAGGGCGUAGAGGCUGCAGUUGGCUGUGUGGCAGCAUGGGACAGGAGAGAGAACAGAUAUUGAGAAGGACUGAAGGCUGAAGAGACACUGUCAAUCAGACCACUGGAUCUAGGUUUUAUUUUCUUUUAUGAAUUUAUUUUAUUUUUUGAGAGACAGGGACCUGUGUAGCUCAGGCUGGCCUCAAACUCACUAUGUCAAGGAUAACCUUGAACUCCUGAUCCUCCUGCUUCUACCUCCCAAUUGUUGGGAUUAUAGGCAUGUGCCACCAUGCUCCAUAUAUUCUCUCUCUCUCAUAAGGUCUCACUAUAUAACAGAUUGGCCUUUUAAUUCACUAUGUAGCCCAGGCUGGCCUCCAACUUCUGCCCAGGCCUCCCCAGUGCUGGCAUUGUGGCACUAAGGGAAUGAACCAAGGGCCUUGAACAUACUGGGUAAGCACUCUGCCACUGAGCUACAACCCCCGCCCUCUCUUUACUUUUUGAGACACCUCUCAGUUACUCAGGCUGACCUUUAACUUCCUCUGUAGCCCGGGCAGGCCUUGCACUUUCACAUCUUCCACUUUCAUCUACACAGUAGCUGGAAUGGCAGGCCUGUGCCUCCUGGCUUGGCCAAAAUGGAGGGAUUUCGGUGUUUGAAUGUGUGUGGAGGUGAGAUGGGAGGGGUGUGCCCAGAGCAUGUGCCGGUCAGAAGACAGCUUACCUCAGUUGCCUCUCUCCUUCCCUCCCCGCCCCACCCGUGGGGCCUGGAUAUUGAAACCAGGUCAUCAGGCUCGGCAGCAAGCGUCCUUCCCCACUGAGCCAUCUCAGUGGCCCUGAGCAUUAGGUUUUACUCAUCCCAGCUCAGAUCCUAGUUAGUGAUAGUCAGAGUCCGGGUGGAGCCGUUGGGAAUCCUAAAGGUUGGGGCGCAAAGGCCAUGGAAAUGGCUAGAUGGGGCAGUGACGCUGAUUUGGUGGCCAACUGCAUUUCCCACUUGGAUAGCAGUAACGUUUCAGUAGAUCAGGUGGUGUGAGCAGGGCAGGUUCGGGGCAGAUGACACAAUCCGGGACAUAUGGGAUCCCCAAGGCAGCGUUGUGUAAGUCCGGGGUACAGAUGGGAGUUGCCUGGAGUCUGCAUGGGGGGUGAUCAACAGAAUUCCCAUCACUUGUAUCCGGGGCUCUGAGCCCCGGAUCCUGCAAUAAGAUGCAGCAGACACACACCCCUGUUUUGUUCCUCUUUGGGUCUUUCUCUCUCCUAAAUACGUACGCACAAGUGUGUGCCACAGUGUGGAAGUCAGAGGACAACUUUUGGACUCGGCCGCGAGUGCCUUUACCUGGGGAGCCAGCCACCUUGCUGGCUGUUUUAAACUUUUUUAAUUGAUCUAUUUUAUAUUCCUGGGAUUCAAACCCCAGGCCCUGCGCAUGCUAGGUCAGUGUUCUACAUCACACUACGCCUCCAGCCCUUGUAAUUUCUUUUGAGGUGGUGUCUCAUGUAGCCUAGGCUGUCCUUGAACUCUGAAUCCUCUUGCCUCUACCUCCCAGUUGCUAAGAUGAUAGCCAUGUACCUCAAAACCCAGUUUGACUUUUAUUUUAAUUUAUAUCGUUAUUUAGUGAUGACUGGGUGUCUGUAGUCCAGGCUAGCCCCAAACCUGUGGCAGUCCGCCUCAGCCUCCUUAAUGCUGGGAUUAUAAAGCAUCCAGCUCUUCAUAUGACUUUUUCUGGAAAAUUUUGAGUGGGCUUUCAUUCUGUAUCUUGGAUUUUUUUU